AUGUCUUGCUAUUCCACACCCACCGCAACAGAUUUCUCUACUUUCACUUCGACCGAUGUCUCGACAUCUUACACCACCACUAUCACGCCUAUUGACCCUAUUGUCACGACGGUGUCAUCAUGUACGGUCUUUACUAUUGAGACGGAGCCAGUCCGGUCUUGUGGAAUGGUAGUGAGUACUGUUGCAGGAGGAACACAAAGCUCUGUUCAAGUUCCUGUUGUGAUCACAAAGACUUACACUCAAAGCGUGGCGACUGCAACGCAAUUUGCAACCGUAUGCGGCUCUGAGCCUCCCUCUCAACCAGUGAGCUCGGACCCGACUUCGAGUGGCGUCUUCGGUGUCUCAUCUUCUCCACCAACUCUCGCAUCUGUUACGAACGAUUCAAGCGCCUCGUUGAGUGUCUACGAUACGACCAUAUAUGAAAAAUCCACAACCACAUUGCUUGGAGGCUCCGUGCGUACGACCCAAUUCAUUUCAACUGCCGUCGUGACAUCCUCCAUCAACUCGCCUGCUGGUGUUGCGAACACAAAUAAUGCUUCAAGUGGCACGAGCACUCCUAAAAAUUUGACUGGUUCAAUCAUCGGAGCAAUAAUUGGCGGUUUGAUUGCCUUCGCGUUUCUCGCAUACCUUUUUGCGAAGUUCUUCCGACGCAGAAAGAGGCACACACUGGAAGAGCCGGAAGAAGACGUAAAGUACCGUGAGUUGGUGCGCAAAAGACAUGAACGUAAGGAAGAUAUAGACACCGAUCGUACGGCUGCUCCCUCCACAGCAGGAGCACCGAGAAGUAUGCCACGGAGGACAGAAGGGCCUCUGGCGACUCAGCAUUCGCCGCAGAUCCAGGACACGACACUCCACACCAUAUCUACCAGCCACGCACCUACCCUGCCCCCGCUGCCUCCCGUUCCCGCAAUGCACAGCGACUUCAACCGGCCGCAGUUCGCUACACGAAUGUCCGCACAAAGUCCGGCGCACUCCGUCACCGGCAACAGCACAAGUUCUUCGAGCUCCCAAGGUGCCCGCAGCGCCCCGCGCCCCGCCCUCCACGUCGCGAACCAGCCCGCGCGCGAGUCGUCGACGCCGCCGCCGGUCCCCUCGAAGACCCCCUCGCUGGUCGCGCGCACAAGCGAGAAGAGAGUCAUUUCAUCGCCGCGUCGACUGUCUGGACGGUCCCUUCCCUCUGUUCCUGUCGCAGGCCCCUCGUCGAUGCCCAUGCGGGGACCUUCUUUCAUCCGCAUGCCGGAACCCCCCGCGCAGACCAGCUCUCGAUUCAUUCCCCGGGACAUCGGAAUGUCACGCCCCAUGUCUCCCCCCGGCCCUGUGGGAAAGGCUGCAGAAGCUGCCGCAGGCGCCGACAAGGCCGUGGAAGCCCCUCCCGCAUACACUGAAUGA